AUGGAGGCCAUCUGGCUGUACCAGUUCCGGCUCAUUGUCAUCGGGGAUUCCACGGUGGGCAAGUCCUGUCUGAUCCGCCGCUUCACCGAGGGCCGCUUUGCCCAGGUUUCGGACCCCACGGUGGGGGUGGAUUUUUUCUCCCGUCUGGUCGAGAUCGAGCCGGGAAAACGCAUCAAGCUCCAGAUCUGGGAUACCGCGGGUCAAGAGAGGUUCAGAUCCAUCACUCGUGCCUACUACAGGAACUCAGUAGGUGGUCUUCUCUUAUUUGACAUUACCAACCGCAGGUCCUUCCAGAAUGUCCAUGAGUGGUUAGAAGAGACCAAAGUACACGUUCAGCCCUACCAAAUUGUAUUUGUCCUCGUGGGUCACAAGUGUGAUCUGGAUACACAGAGGCAAGUGACUCGCCACGAGGCAGAGAAACUGGCUGCUGCAUACGGCAUGAAGUACAUUGAAACGUCAGCCCGAGAUGCCAUUAAUGUGGAGAAAGCCUUCACAGACCUGACGAGAGACAUAUAUGAGCUGGUUAAAAGGGGGGAUAUUACCAUCCAGGAGGGCUGGGAAGGGGUGAAGAGUGGAUUUGUACCAAACGUGGUUCACUCUUCAGAAGAGGUUGUUAAAUCCGAGAGAAGAUGUUUGUGCUAG